GUCUUUUUUAGCGCCAUCUGCUCGCCGCGCCGCCUUCUGCUCCUCCCGCCGCCGCCCUGAGUCACUGCCUGCGCAGCUCCGGCCGCCUGGCUCCCUGUGCUAGCCACCGAUAUUUGGCGUUCAUACAACAUGGCAGACAUCGACAACAAAGAACAGUCUGAACUUGAUCAAGAUUUGGAUGAUGUUGAAGAAGUAGAAGAAGAAGAAACUGGUGAAGAAACAAAAAUCAAAGCGCGUCAGCUGACUGUUCAGAUGAUGCAAAAUCCUCAGAUUCUUGCAGCCCUUCAAGAAAGACUUGAUGGUCUGGUAGAAACACCAACAGGAUACAUUGAAAGCUUGCCUAGGGUAGUUAAAAGACGUGUGAAUGCUCUCAAAAACCUUCAAGUUAAAUGUGCACAGAUAGAAGCCAAGUUCUAUGAGGAAGUUCAUGAUCUUGAAAGAAAGUAUGCUGUUCUCUAUCAACCUCUAUUUGAUAAGCGAUUUGAGAUCAUUAAUGCCAUUUAUGAACCUACAGAAGAAGAAUGUGAAUGGAAACCAGAUGAGGAAGAUGAAAUUUCGGAGGAGCUAAAAGAAAAGGCCAAGAUUGAAGAUGAGAAAAAGGAUGAAGAAAAAGAAGAUCCCAAAGGAAUUCCUGAAUUUUGGUUGACCGUUUUUAAGAAUGUUGACUUGCUCAGUGAUAUGGUUCAGGAACAUGAUGAACCUAUUCUGAAGCACUUGAAAGAUAUUAAAGUGAAGUUCUCAGAUGCUGGUCAGCCUAUGAGUUUUGUCUUAGAGUUUCACUUUGAAUCCAAUGAAUAUUUCACAAAUGAAGUGUUGACAAAGACAUAUAGGAUGAGGUCAGAACCAGAUGAUUCUGAUCCUUUUUCUUUUGAUGGACCAGAAAUUAUGGGUUGUACAGGGUGCCAGAUAGAUUGGAAAAAAGGGAAGAAUGUCACUUUGAAAACCAUUAAGAAGAAGCAGAAACACAAGGGACGUGGGACAGUUCGUACUGUGACCAAAACAGUUUCUAAUGACUCUUUCUUUAAUUUUUUUGCCCCUCCUGAAGUUCCUGAGAGUGGAGAUCUGGAUGAUGAUGCUGAAGCUAUUCUGGCUGCGGACUUUGAAAUUGGUCACUUUUUACGUGAGCGCAUAAUCCCAAGAUCAGUGUUAUACUUUACUGGAGAAGCUAUUGAAGAUGAUGAUGAUGAUUAUGAUGAAGAAGGUGAAGAAGCGGAUGAGGAAGGGGAAGAAGAAGGAGAUGAGGAAAAUGAUCCAGACUAUGACCCAAAGAAGGAUCAAAACCCAGCAGAGUGCAAGCAGCAGUGAAGCAGGAUGUAUGUGGCCUUGAGGAUAACCUGCACUGGUCUACCUUCUGCUUCCCUGGAAAGGAUGAAUUUACAUCAUUUGACAAGCCUAUUUCAAGUUUUUUGUUGUUUGCUCGUUUUUGUUUUUGCAGCCUAAAAUAAAAAUGUCAAAUAUAAUUUUAGUUCUCCAGAGAUAAUGUCUUAAUUUUGUACUAAUUCAGGUAGAAGCAGAGGCCUAGCUUAAAUUAUAUACCCAGUUUACUGCAUUAUUGAAGAAAAGGGUGCCAACUUUGGAAGAGGUACUACAUCUACUAAUGAGAGAGUAUUUAAAAAAAAGAAAACAAAAUCUUAAAUGAUUUAAUGUUUUUAAUGGAAAGAUUAAAAGGGUAAAUUUUAUUUCCUUUGGUCAGAACUAGACAAAAGGCCCCAAGCCUCUACAGCUAAUUCCAAUUCUUAUUCCUUAAAGUAUGAGUGUGUCAUUUACCCACGCCUUUUGUUUUACUAUGUAUUAAAAUGGGUAGUACUGUUUACUUAACUACCUCACAGAUGUGUUAAGGCAUAUUCAGUUAAAUUUUAUGAAAUGUUUCUCAGUCUCAUCAAAAGCUCAAAAGUUUGGACCUAUUUGUACCACAAGUAUGUGAUAUUCAGCAUUUUAUUUAUACCAAGGUCUGAUAGUUAAACUGGAAAACAAAGAUUAAGGACCUUUAUUCUGGAUCCGGUCAGGCAACCCUUGCAAAUCUUUUGUGUGGCUCCUAUUUUAAUAGAAGUGGAUGGACGAGCAACAGUUUGAAAAGGUCCAAGAAUUUUUUUUCCAGCUGUUUUAAUUAUGACCAUAUUGUAGUAAAUACUGCAGAUAUCAUGGGACUAAAGUAGAAAUAAGACCAUUUUUAGAGGGGGAAAUGCCAUUAAAUUAGAGACUGUAGAGCCACGUUUAAAAUACCUCAGGCUAAUUACUGUUACUUUUGGGGAUGAACUUUAAAGCUUUGACAGUGAGGAUGGACUAAUUGGGUUGUAAUUAUAGGAAGGCCUUAGAGUUCCUGCUAUAUUAAUAAAAUUACAUUGUGUUCCUUUUUAGAGGUGAUAGAGCUUCUGUUUUAAAAAUUUAGUAUUAAGGUCUUGGAAUGUAAACACAUUGUGUUCUUUGUAUAGUACUAUCUGUUCAUCUCCUGAGAUUUUAAUUAACUACUGGAAAUCCUUAACCAAUUGCAGUAGCUUAUGGGGGGAAAAGGGGAAAAUGCCAUGAAAACACCUGGUUUUCCUCUUUAUUUUCAAAAUGAUUUUGGUUGUUUUGAUUAGGCAUUCUGUGACUUUUUUUUUCUUUUGUACCCAUAGCUCACCUGAACACAGCUUUUUCUGAACUUAAAAUUUUUAAUCUAAAGAUAGAAUCCCAUUUUUAAUGAACUUAAAGAAGUAGCAAAAUCACUUUUUUUUUCAUUCCUUUAGGAAAUAGCUGUUGCCAAAGUGAAGAGGUAGAUACUAUUUCGUCUUGUUAUAUAAGGGGGAAUAUGGUUUGCAGAGGAAUUGUUUUUUAAAUAAAGUUGGAGUUUCAAGGGA